AUGAAGUUCUUCGCCGUCGCUGCUCUCUUCGCUACCAGCGCCAUGGCUGCUGUCUGCCCUGAUGGCCUCUUCUCCAACCCUCUCUGCUGCGCCACCAGCGUCCUCGACCUCGUUGGUGUUGAUUGCAGCACUCCCACCGCCGCCCUUUCCAGUGGUCCCUUUUUCCAGGCCCACUGUGCUUCCAAGGGCAAACAGCCCCUUUGCUGCGUGGCUCCCGUUGCCGAUCAGGGUGUUCUUUGCCAGAAGCCCAUCGGUACCCAGUAG